GAGUCUCCCCGAGGGCAUGCCGGCGGGCCUCACGGAGCCGGCCGGCGCCGCUGCUGCUCCCGCGGUGGCCGGCGCCUCGGGGGCCGUGAGCAUGGCCCCCGCCGCCGCGCUGCCCGUGCGGGUGGAGAGCACCCCGGUGGCCCUGGGCCCCGCGACGAAGGCCCCUGGCGGUGUCUGCGCGGAGUCUGCGGCGCCCCGGCCCUUGCCGUCCCCCGUCGGGACCCUAGUGACCAAAGUGGUGCCUGUCACUGCCCUGCCGAAACUCGGCGGCCCCAGGUUGCCCGCUCCGCAGAUAGUCGCCGUGAAAGCCCCCGGCACCACGACCAUCCAGCUGCCUGCUAACCUGCAGCUUCCUCCAGGAACAGUUUUGAUCAAAAGUAACAGUGGUCAGUUGAUGCUGGUAUCUCCUCAGCAAGCUGUAACAGGAGCUAAGACCUCAAGUAACAUAACUCCAAGGCCAGCAGUACCGGCAAACACUCAAACAGUCAAGAUCUGUACAGUGCCGAAUUCUAGCUCACAAUUAAUGAAGAAAGUAACAGUGGCACCUGUUAAAAAUUUGGCACCGAUAGGAACUAGUGUGUCAACUACUGCCUCUAGUGCUUCCUCGGGACAAUGUGUGGCUGUACCAAGCAAUGUUGUCACGGUUACUCCUGCCAAGCCGGUAAAUGCUGUAUCUGUCCUGAAGCCAUCAGGUUUGGGAAUAUUAUCAACUCCCUUAAAUGACUCCAAUCUCAAAGCAGAGACCCCAGUAGCUGCACAGACUAGUCUUUCUCCGGCAGUGCUAGAAAAUGUGAGAAAAUGUAAAAACUUCCUUUCAAUGUUAAUAAAACUAGCAUGUAGUGGAUCACAGUCUCCAGAAAUGGGGAAGAAUGUAAAGAAGCUGGUGGAACAACUUUUGGAUGCAGAAAUUGAAGCAGAAGAAUUUACUAGGAAAUUAUAUAUUGAACUCAAGUCUGCACCUCAGCCGCACCUUGUCCCUUUUCUUAAGAAGAGUGUGGCUGCCUUAAGACAACUUCUUCCUAACUCCCAGAGCUUCAUUGAGAACUGUGUUCAGGAAAUUUCUGGUGAGGUAGUCAUUGCCUCCUGUACCACGACAACGACAACUUCUCCUGUGGUGACAAGUACAGUUUCCCCAGUCCUUGUCUCUGGAGCAACAGCACCCAGAACUCUGUCUGUUCAACAGACUCUGAGUCCACUUGCUGUUCGAGGAGGAGCAAACACUGGAGUUGUGACACUACAUUCUGUGACCCCAGCUGCUGCAACAGGAGAUACAACAGCUCCAACUGUUUUGCUUCAGACUUCAAAACCACUUACAGCAUCAGUACCAAAUACAGUCACUGGAGUCUCCCUUCAGCCAGAGAAGCCAGUUGUGACUGGGGCAGCAGUAACACUGACCCUUCCACCAGUAACUUUUGGAGAAGCAUCAGCUGCACCUCUUUGUCUUCCGUCCGUGAAACCUGCCAAUACCUCUGCUGGGACCAAACCUGAUAAACCCGUCAUUGGCACUCCAGUCCAGAUCAAACUUGCACAGCCAAGUUCUCUCCUUCCACAAUCAGCUGGCAUUCCACAGGCAGUCAAAGUCAAGCCACUAGUAGUCCAGCAGUCUUCUGGAGGCAUUGCCAAUCAAGUGACCACCAUUUCCCAUUCUUCACCAUUGACCACUCAGAAAUGUGGGCAGAAGACGACAGUAAGCUCUGUAAUGCCUGCUACAUCCAUCAUAAAGCAAAUUACUCUACCUGGAAAUAAAAUUCUGUCUCUCCAACCUCAAACAUCUUCUCUUCAGAACAAUAGAAUAAAAGAGAAUGGAACAACAUGUUUCAGAGGUGAAGAUGACAUCAAUGAUGUGACUUGCAUGGCAGGAGUCAACCUCGAUGAAGAAAAUGCCUGUAUCUUAGCAACACAUUCUGACUUUGUUGGCACACUCAUUCAGUCAUGUAAAGAAGAACCAUUUCUCUUCAUUGGAGCUCUACAAAAGAAAAUUUUAGACAUUGGUAAAAAGCAUGACAUUACAGAACUUAACUCUGAUGCUGUGAUCUUGAUCUCCCAUGCAACACAGGAGAGAUUACGAGGCCUUCUAGAGAAACUGACUACAAUUGCUCAGCAUCGAAUGACUAUUUAUAAGGGAAGUGAAAAUUACGUCUUGUCUACUGACACCAGAUCACAGCUCAAAUUUCUCGAAAAGCUAGAUCAAUUGGAGAAACAGAGGAAGGAUUUAGAAGAAAGAGAAAUGUUACUAAGGGCAGCCAAGAGCCGCUCCAAUAAAGAAGAUCCAGAACAGCUGAGAUUAAAACAGAAAGCCAAAGAGUUGCAGCAGUUGGAGCUUGCCCAGAUCCAAUACAGAGAUGCUAAUCUCACAGCUCUUGCAGCUAUUGGACCACGGAAGAAGAGACCACUAGAAUCAGGAAAUGAGGGCUUCAAAGAUAACCCUUCUGCUUCUGGGACUUCCAGUCUAACAGCCACUAAACCAUUGCUGCGUCCAAGAAUCACGAGAAUAUGCCUCAGGGACUUGAUAUUCUGUAUGGAACAUGAAAGAGAAAUGAAGUAUUCUCGAGCCCUAUACCUUGCCCUUCUUAAGUGAUCACUCCAUCCAUCCAGACUCUCACUGUUUACUGCCAAAGAAGAUAUAGAGAGCACUGUUGCACUGUCCUGAAAUGUACUCGGAAAAUAGUCACCAGUAUGGAAGACCACUGUUUACACUGACAAGCUUUUAGUACACCUUGUCUGUAUGUCUUGUGGGUUCUUGCAGCUAAAAAUUCAGAUGCUUUCUGAAAGUCAGUACCAAGUAUACUUUAUGCAAAAGUAUCACUUACCUACCUGCAUUUAAUUACAAUAGCUCCCUUAUACCACCUUAAUUUUUGUUGUUGUUUGUUCCACACAGUAGCAAUGAGGUGCCUUCCUCUAAUACAGGCUGCAUCAAGAUGUAGGAGAAAGGAAGAGUCAGAAUGUAUCCUAUACUGAACCUGUCUCCUAAUGUUAGGUACUAUGGUCUCCAAUUAGAAGCUACUUAGCUAACUGUGACAGUUACCUUCUGUAGUUGAAGUGUGAAAAGCCACAUAGUUGGGGAGAAUCACCUCGGGCAGUUGAGCCAGAAUUACAGAGCUGAUGGAGACCAUUUGUACCUGAAGUUACUGACUCUCUGGCUCCCCACACUACAGUGUUAGUGAUACCUAGUGAAGGCUAUCCUUGUCAGCCAAUUUAAAACUGAUAUACCUCACUGAAAAGUGGAAAAGCAAAAAAGUACUGGAAGGAAUAUGGGCCUUGGAUUCAAAUUAACAAGGAAAAAAUGAAAAUGGCAUCAUGAAACAGAUGUGAGCACCGUGUGCCCAAGGAGGGUUGGCUGCACUUGGAAUGCCAAAGCUGGUCCUUGUUUUGUUGGCGGGAAAACAAACAAACAAAAAUCAUAGAUCAACCAAAGAGGAAAAACCUGGCAAACAUUUAGUUAUAGUAUUUCAAAAGGAUGAUUUGUUUUAUUAUUUUAAUUCCCAAGAAGAAGUAGUUUUUUUUUUGUCUUACAAAGAAUCUCCUAGUUACUGUAAGUUUUAAGCAUCUAGUGCUUUUCAAAUUUCGAACUGCUGGUAAAAACAUUUCAACAGUAGGGCUCCCUCUGGAUUGUGUACUUAAGAGAUGCAGCCAGUGUCUUGUUCUUGGAGUGUGGUUCUAAAUGUGAGCAACACAUUAUGUACCUCUCUCUAAGGAGGAAGUUGAUAUUCAAUGCACCCCCCCCUUUUAAAUUUACCGGUGUAGAUUAUAGCUGAUAAAAAAGAAUAGUAAUAUUGAAGUCACAUACCAAAAAAAAGGCCAAACCCUCCCGAGAAACUCUUCCAGUAUGUCACUCUUCAUUCGGUUCUUCCCAUAGGGACUGUUAUACAGCCAUAUUGUAUACUAUUGUAAGAGUUUAGUUUGCCACAAUUUUUUGCUUUAGCAAGUUAUGUAAAAUGUAAAUCAUGUAUAUGUUUUAAAAAGCACCUUCAUGAGAAAUCUAUACCCAAAGUUUUGUAUAUUUAAAUGCUUAGCUUUAUUUUUUGUAAAGUGCAGUGUACUCUCACAUUUGUG